AUGCAAUUCUUUUAUUCGCUAAACCUCGUUUUAUUAUUUGCAGCAGCUGUUGCAGCACGGCCAAAGAUUGCAGCAAGGCAAUCAACGACUGCUAUUACCAUUGAUAUUACCAAGAAGUAUCAAACAAUGGACGGUUUCGGAUUCUCAGAAGCUUUCCAAAGAGCGAAUGUAAUAGUGAACCUCCCCGCCCAACAACAACGAGAAAUCCUUAAUCUCCUUUUCAACACCACUUCCGGUGCUGGGAUGACCAUCCUUCGCAAUGGAAUAGGCUCAUCUCCAGAUUCCAGUUCCGAUCACAUGAACUCCAUUCAACCAAAGAAUCCAGGUAGCCCUACGGCGACGCCAAAUUAUGUAUGGGAUGGAAAGGAUAGUGGUCAGUUGUUUGUCAGUGAAGAAGCGUGGAAGUAUGGUGUGCGGACGUUUUAUGCCAAUUCUUGGUCUGCACCCGGAUAUAUGAAGACGAAUGGCAAUGAGAAUAAUGGAGGGUAUCUUUGUGGUGUUAGUGGGCAGAAGUGUAAAAGCGGUGAUUGGAGACAGGCGUAUGCAAAUUACCUGGUCAAAUUGGUGCAGUUUUAUCAAAAUGAAGGAGUGACUAUUACACAUCUAGGGUUUCUGAAUGAGCCGGAGUUUAGGUUGGUUCUCAAUUUUCACCUUUACUGAUGUAUAUGACAUAGAGAGAAAACUAAGAAUUUGAUCAGUCCGAGUUAUGCGGGGAUGCUUUCAUCCGGAGCUCAAGCAGCGGAUUUCAUCAAGGUCCUCGCUCCCACGAUAGCAGCUGCCAAUCUUAGCACUACUAUUGCAUGUUGUGACUCCGAAGGUUGGGCAAAUCAAGGCACCAUGACAGCACAGAUCAAAUCCGCAAGUGCCGAGUCUCUCAUUUCGACCGUCACUUCGCAUUCCUACACCAGUUCUCCCGGAAAUCCACUCAGCACAUCUCGACGAGUAUGGCAAACGGAAAAUGCCGAUUUGAAUGGUGCCUGGCAGACUGCAUUCUAUAGUAAUGGAGGAGCGGGCGAGGGAAUGAGAUGGGCCAGCUUAAUUCAUACUGCGGUUGUGAAUGCCAACUGUUCAGCUUAUCUCUAUUGGAUUGGUGUUCAGACGGGUGCGACGAACUCGAAGCUCAUCUCUGUUUCUGGGAGUACAUAUAGUGUUUCGAAACGUCUUUGGGCUUUUGGUCAGUUUGCAAGGAGUGCGAGGCCUGGAUCGGUGAGGGUUGGAGUUAGUGGUGGGAGUGGAUUGCAGACAAGUGCUUACUUGAAUACCGAUGGGAAAUUGGCGGUGGUGGUUAUCAAUACGGGCAGUGGUGCUGUUAACGCUGCCAUUACCGUCAGUGGUGGCUUCAAAGCGAAUAGUACUCUCGGGUUCUUGACCGAUAAUAGUCACGAUAUGAGCGUGCUUACAGUUAGUGUAGGUAAUGCUGGGGUAAUCAGCGGACAAAUUCCUGGCAGAUCAAUGGCUAGUUUUGUGAUUUCGGAAUAG